AUGGUCUCUCAUCUCAAAGUUAUUCUUCCUCUCCUCUUUAUUCACUGCAUUCACACAAUUCUACCCACCUCGGGUCAGGCCACUUCGGCCCACAUGGUCACCAUGGUAGUGAACGAGGACGCAAGCGUCAGCCAAUUGAUCGACGUGUUACCGGUCCUUGAGGAUCCAGAAGUGGGUAGGGGCCACGGGUCAGGCGUCACCUACGAGUUACAGGACAACACGUUUUUCGACUUUGAGUCACCCGAUUCACGCCGACUCAUUGUUCGUCGUCCGCUGGACCGCGACUCGGACCGUCACCUGUGCACCGACUCUGGCUGGCCGGAGACCUGCGCCUGGACAGGACUUGUGUUCGCCAGCAACGGUGGACUGAUACGCCUACGCGUGGUCGUCAACGACGUCAAUGACAACACGCCCAGUUGGCCCAGCCUAGCUGCCGGUACCGGCAGCCUUGGCUCAGCUGUUGGCUUUUCCGGCCGACCAACCAAGGCGUUGGAGGUCUCGAUUCCAGAGAACAGCCCCCCGAUGACCAGCACUGAUCUACCGUUGGCCAGCGAUCCGGAUUUGGGCAACAAUUCUGUGGUUCUCUACGAGCUGGUACCCCUUAUCCGCAGCUCAGAUAGGUCGGUUCAUGCACCCAGCAGAAGGGAAGAGAAGACCGUGCACGAUGAAGAUGGCGAGAAAGCAACACCAGAAGGCCUGUUCAGCAUCUUGACCAUCCCCGGCCCCAAUGGCGUGGUACCGCGGCUGGUGGUUCAUGGCCAGCUGGAUCGCGAGACGAGGGCGCUCUACAAACUUCGUCUGGCUGCCAUCGAUGGCGGCGGUAAACGUGGCUUUGUGGAUCUGUUGAUACAUGUGACGGACGAGAAUGACAAUGCGCCCGUCUUUCUUCAUUUAGCCAACACAACCGAUUCUCCGCUUGGCCGUUUGGGUGGAGACGAGUUUGUGAUCAGCGUCGACGAAGACAUUCCUGUACAGAGCCGGUUGCCGCGCUAUCCGAUGGCAGUGGAUCGUGACGCCGGUGACUUCGGCCGAGUGCGCUACAAGUUCUCUCUUUCCACACCGGAUGUAGUGCGUCGUGAUCUGACCAUUGAGCCCACCAGCGGGGCUCUGCUAGUCCGUUCUCCUCUCGACUUUGACGCCGGUGGACCGACCCACUACAGCUUCAUGGUGGUUGCUGAAGAUGGUGGGACGCCGCCGUUGUCGGCUACUGCCCGAGUGGUCGUCAAUGUGCUGGACAAAAACGACAAUCCGCCCCAGAUCAAGAUAACACCGGCCAUGCAGCUCACUGCGUCUUCGAGUGCCUCCGGGUCCGAAGACUCGAACUCGGAGACUGCAGCCCCCCAAAUUGGGGCUGCGGGUGAUGCCGGCGGACAAAGCACAGUUGCUACACACGCCAAGAAGCGUCGGCUGGAGCUGCGUGAAGGCCUGUCACCGGGACAGUUGAUUGCCACAGUGACUGUGUCUGAUCCAGAUCAGGGCUUGAAUGGUCAGUUCAAGUGUAGACUCGGCUCUGACCAAGACUUCCAGCUCAACUUCCUCAAGUCUCUCGGUCAGUUGAACGUCUACCAGCUAAUCUCGGUACGGGAAGUAGACCGUGAAAUACGUUCAGAGCUCAGGACGACCCUACGAUGCGAAGACAACGGUAGUUCACGACAAACCUCGACCGAGAUGAUCAGCGUUUUCGUGACAGAUAUUAAUGACAAUCGUCCGAAAUUUACUAGUCAUCGAUACAGCUUUCAAGUGAGCAAUUAUGUUGAUUUUCUGGAGUUGCCCAUGCAAUUUUGUUUAACAGAUCGGUCGUCCUUCCACAACCCCGAUCCUACCCAAGACUUGUCAUACAAAGAGCUUUCUCCUUAG